AUGAUUUUUCAUUCAUUUAGUUCUUUCCCUCUCUCACUUUUUCUUUCUCGCUCGCUUUCUCUCUCUCCCUAUCCUUCUGUCUCUGAAUAUUUUCUUCGUUGCCUUAAUCCUCUCUUUUUUCUUUCAUUACUUUUUCUUUUCAUUUUAGACUGUCUUUUCCUUUUUCUACAUGAGUAUCGCCUUCCAUUCAAUUUUCUUUCUUUUUCUCGUUCUUUUCUAAUUUCUCAUAUUUCUUCUUCUUUGUAUUUCAUUGUUAUUCCUUCUUAUUAUUUAUUCUUAUUUCAGAGUCCUUUUUUUAUUAUUUCUAGCCUGAAGUCAUUACUUUUUAUUCCAUUAUUCAUUUUUCUUACCCCUUUCUUUUAUUUUUCGAAUCUUUUUUUUUUUUUUCUAUCUUCUUCUACUUCCUUUUCGUUUUCUUCUUCCUCUAACUAUACUUUUUUUUCUUCAUUUUCUUCCUCUUUUUUUGUCAUCACAUGGUUGUUACUUUUCUUUUUUUGUGUGUCUUUUUCUUCUUCUUUCAUUGCAAAACUUUAUUCUUCCAUUCUUCUUCUUCCUCUUCUUCUUCUUCUUCUUCUUCCUCUUCCUCUUCUUCUUCUUCUUUCAUGGCAAAGCUUUCUUCUUUUCUAUUUCUUUUCCAUUUUUUUACUUCUUCUUUCCUCGCAUAGCUUUCCUGUCCAUUUUAUCAUUUUUUAUCAUUUUUUUCUCCAGGUGACAGCUGUCUUCUUUCUUUCUUUCUUUAUUUCUUUCUUUCUUUCUUUCUUUCUUCUUCUUCUUCUUCUUCUUCUUCUUCUUCUUCUUCUUCUUCUGCUGCUGCUGCUGUUUUACCAUACUUACAUCUUUUUCAUUUUCUUUUCUUCUUUUUCUUCUGUCCUUGCACAGCUUUUUCUUUUUUCGCUUCUUCUUCGUUUUCUUCUGCAUUGUGAUGCUAUUAUUGCUACUCAUAUAUCUUUUUUUAAUAUGCUCUUCUUCUUCUUCUACUUCUUCUUCUUCUUCUACUUCUUCUUCUUCUUUAUCGUCUUCUUCUUUGUCUCCUUCUUCUUCUUUAUCGUCUUCUUCUUUGUCUCCUUCUUCUUCUUCUUCUUCAUCUUCUUCUUCUUCUUCUUCUUCAUCGUCUUCUUCUUUCUCUCCCUCUUCUUCUUCUUCUUCUUCUUCUUCUUCUUCUUCUUCUUCUUGUUCGUGUCAUCCAUCUUUUUCUUCUUCAGUUCGUUAGUGUAUUUCCUAUAA